AUAAUUCCCGCAUAUUAUUAUUCUUUUUUACAUAAAAAAAAAUCAUAGGAGCUAAAUCGAUAAUGAGGUGGACUAUUUCUUCCUAAUGCGCUGGAAGUGUUUGAUGAAAUUCCCAAGAGUACAAGUGAGAUCUACAGUUAAGUUCCAAAAAUGGAGGGUGGCUAUGUGUGGGCAGUCGCAGCUGGAUUCAACGCUGCUCUUGCAGCGAUCUCUGCCAAAUUCUUCUCCUCCCAGCUCAUCAAAUAUGGUUGUGUCGUAAUAUUCAAUGUCACUAUGUGGGGAUGCUAUAUCAAUAGCCUUAAAGCUCUAUCAUCUCUACAAGCUACUGUGACAAACUUUGCAACCAACUUUUUAUCGUCUGGAUUGGCUGGAUUUUUACUUUUCCAGGAGCGACUACCAAUUCAGUGGUUUGCAGGUGCUGCACUGAUUGUUCUAGGAGUUAUUGUUUUGAGCAAGUCAAGCAUCGAAAAGAAAAGUCAUACAAGUUAGAUAGUAAUCUUUGAUUUAUCUUCUAUUUCUGAAUUUUGAAUACUUGUUAUAUACGGAUUUUCUGUUCUUUGAAUCAUUAAAUGUUAAAUUAAUUGAUCGGUAUUGUGUAACAUUGUAGAUGUUAUCUUAAGAUCAACUUUUUUUGGACA